AUGUUGAGUCGGAACAUGUACCGGCAAGCUGCGCGGGCGCGCUUGAUCUCAGCCGCCCGACCUCGCUCCCGCAGACACGCCAGCUCUGCCGCCACCUUCAAUUGGGAGGACCCUUUGGACUUGUCCCAUUUUCUGACGGAAGAGGAGCAAGCUAUCCAGGAGACUGCUCAUUCUUAUUGUCAAGAACGCCUGUUACCCAGGGUGUUGGAAGCAUAUCGCAAAGAAGACUAUGACAAGAAAAUCCUCCAAGAGAUGGGAGAGCUAGGCUUGCUCGGUGCGACAAUUCAAGGCUAUGGCUGCGCCGGAGUGAGCAACGUUGCUUCGGGGCUUAUUACGAGGGAAGUGGAAAGGGUGGACUCGGGCUACCGGUCAGGCAUGUCCGUUCAGAGCUCCCUCGUCAUGAAUCCGAUCUAUGAGUUUGGCACGCAAGAACAAAAAGACAAAUUCCUGGAGAAAUUGGGGAAGGGGCAGCUGGUGGGCUGCUUCGGCCUGACCGAACCCAACCAUGGUUCCGAUCCAGGUGCAAUGGAAACCACUGCCAAACCACACCCAACCAAGGAGGGCUAUUACUCUAUUUCCGGCGCGAAGACCUGGAUCACGAAUUCACCAAUCGCGGAUGUCCUGGUGGUCUGGGCAAAACUUCAAGAGACAGGCAAAAUCAGGGGCUUUGUGAUCGAGAGAGCAAAGUGCCCUCCAGGUACUCUGGAAACACCGCAAUUGAAGGACAAGAAUGGACUUCGAGCAUCCAUCACAGGAAUGAUCCAACUAGACGAAUGUCCGGUACCCAAGGAUAAUAUGUUUCCAGACGUCGAGGGACUGAAGGGGCCUUUUGCUUGCCUCAACUCUGCUCGACUGGGCAUUGCCUGGGGGACGAUGGGUGCGCUUGAAGAUUGCAUCAGCCGAGCCCGGGAAUAUGCCCUGGAGAGAAAGCAGUUCAAGAACAAUCCCCUCGCCAAAUACCAGCUCGUGCAGAAGAAGUUGGCAGACGCAUUGACAGAUGCUGCCUUCGGUCUAGCCGCCGCCUACCAGGUCAGCCGGUUGAAGGAUGAAGGCAAGGUCAGUCCAGAAAUGAUUUCCAUGAUCAAGAGACAGAACUGCGACCGAGCCCUGGUGAACGCGCGACAACUGCAGGAGAUCUUUGGUGGAAAUGCUGUCAGCGAUGAGUAUCAUAUUGGUAGGCAUGUUGCGAAUCUGUUUGUCACGCAGACAUACGAAGGACAGAGCGAUAUCCACGCGUUGAUCUUGGGGAGAGCCAUUACCGGAAUCCAGGCAUUUGCGUGA